UCGCCGGUCAGUCCCGACUGCAACACAUCUCAGGUGCCGUUUUAUCCUGUCCAAAAGCCUGUCGUUGCGCCUAUGUAUAUAUUACACCCAGUGGAUUUGCCGCCGACGGAUCUUUCAAUUAGCAUAGCCGUAUUGCACGCAUCCUUGUCAGACGAGAAGUUACGCAGUGAUCCUCGUAUCAAGAAACGCUUAGCAUGUCAGUUUGAUGCCGUGUCAAAUUUGAUCACCAACCAAGGACCAGAACAGGAUACGCAGGAAUUCAACGAACUCGGAGCCAUGGUUUCCAAAGAUCCGCGGUUCAAAGGUGUUGCCGACCCAAGACUUAUUCGAGACCCGAGACUAUCAAAACUUCAGUCGACCGAUCCUCUAAUAGCUGGAGUGAACCAAGUUGCGGACAUUGCUGACCUUUCCGCAGCUAAUUACAUGUCAUCCACAUCGGCUGCUCUAGAUGCCUCUCCAUAUGCACAAAAUAUAGCCUAUGGUUAUCCAGAUGUCUCUUCGAUGCUCCGCACUGACCUCCGAGGCAGCUUUCCGAUGAACAGCAGAAAGACACCUCUGUUGACAAACGACUCUGGCAGUGGCGUUGGGCCAAGACUUCAUUAUUACGGUGGUGCCAGCAACCAUCAGCUACAAGGUAUCACUUCGUCGCAUAUUCCCCCGACGUUCAGCCAUCAUCUUGGCUCCACGGAUACUAGGCGUUACGCGUUCGGUCAGGAAAACGUACCGACGCCGACAACCGUUGGCUAUGGCGGAGCUGCGCCUGGUACGCCCGCAGCAGGAAUCGGUCAGCAGCAAUUUGCAGCGAACUCGUGCGGCUCACCGCCGGCGAAAACCGGGUGGAUGCCGCGGCUAAAUUUUCACUCGCCACCUCACCAGCAACCAGUUUCCACAGGUAGGGGCUUUCUGAUCGGUACUGGAAACGAGGUGCCGCUUAGGUACAGCUACAUACCUGGACCAAUGAUCAACGGCCCAACGGUUACUGCUGCUUCCUCGUUUGGACCCGAGUCUGGAUCUGAACCCUCUGCUGAGCUUCCAAUGAUGGAUUCACGCAUGCGUCGGCAACCACUUAGAAACGUGAAGGACGUCAGACUUACGCCGCUGUCUACCUUACUGCCAUCAUCUUCGCUUAACAGUGGCGGUGACCUACAGGAAGAUUCCAAAACGGCGGCCGUCAGUGUGACAACGAACACCAACGACUUGAAAAACUGUGAUUCAGAUGAAAGCUCUUCUUCGGCUACAGAAAACUCUGUAAAUACGGGUUCUAACUUACCUUCCCUUAGGGAACGAAGAAAAGACCUUCUUUACGAAUCCCCGCUCAGCGGUGCUGAGAAAACAUCUGCAGUUUCGGAAGAGAACAAGUAUAAUCAACCACUGACGCUCAAGCUUAAGUUUAAGAAGGAUACAGUUGAAGAGACAAUUGCUAUAAGCUGA